AUGCUGGGAGGACUCCUCACAACCACUCUUGUGUUAAUUCUUGGAUACGCAUAUCCAGCUUUUGAGUGCUUUAAAACCAUUGAAAGACGUGGUACAGAUAAUGCAGAAUUAAGAUUUUGGUGUAAAUAUUGGGUCCUAAUCGCAAUACUUACAGUUUUUGAAAGAUUCGCGGAUAUAUUCGUUUCAUGGGUACCAAUGUAUUAUGAAAUGAAGCUAGGGCUUAUUAUCUACUUAUGGUAUCCUAAAACCAAGGGAACAGGGUAUGUAUAUGAAACCUUGUUGAGGCCAUUUUUAUCGCGACAUGAGACCGAUAUAGAAAGACAUUUAAAUGAAAUGAGAGCGAGAGCGUAUGAUGUGGCGAUUCACUAUUGGAACAAUUCCUCGGAGUUGGGACACGCUAAAUUUUUAGAGAUUUUACAGUAUAUAGCUUCGCAACCUACAAGACCAAGAUCCGAGGGGCCGCGAAAUUAUGAAAACUUUGGUGACAGAAGUACUCCGCCGCCACCACCUCCUCAUCCGGUUGCUCCUAUCACAACUCCUCAGCCUGAUCAGGCUGAGGAGAGAGUGAUACCGACUGCUCCACCGAUGCCGAACAUUAGUCGUCGCCACCCUGCAAACCCAGGGGAGUUGGAGACCCCUGGAUCUCCAAGUGGACCCCCUUUGAAUCCCGAGGCAAAAGUUGAAUAAAACAAAAUUGUCGUGGCAGAUUUGUGGAAGAAAGAGGUUGCAAAGGUGGAGAUACGAAUAGAAUUAUACAAGGGUUGGGGGCCCACGUUGUGGAAAUACAAAUUACAAAGGUUACUCUUGUAACAUAUCACAUUUUAUUUUCUGAUUAUUUUGUUUUCUGUAAUCAACUAAAUAAGUCAUGGAAGCUCGUUUUAGUUUUAAAAUUGUUUUGUUUGAAAUUAUAAUGUGU